UAGCGUUUAUCUCGUAAAUGACUGGAUGAUUGUAUAAAGAAAGCGAAUAUCAGAAAAUGACAGAUAAAAGAGAGAAAGAUAGAAAAUGAGAACUCAUUGAACAUAGAAGGCGCACGUGUGCCUCAUCACAAGACAAUCAAACUCUCUGUAUCUUUCUCUUGCUUAUGUCACAUAUAUAUAUAUAUAUAUAUAUAUAUAUAUAUAUGUAUGAGACCCUCGUGUAGUGUAGAGAGGUUCUCUCGUACUGUCAUCGAUAUUUAUUUCUCGACCCGGCCGGAAUAACGGAAAUGUCAAACGUUAGAAUGUCAGACGGAAUCACAUUUUGACAUUCGGCGCGGCUAAUAACGAAGAUCAGGAUGACUACUACGAAACACUUGAGUACCGGAUCCGUCCCUCCGCCCCCCGUACCUGGAAAAAUACGCUUGUACAGUAUGCGUUUUUGCCCGUACGUACAGAGGGUACAGCUCGUGCUGGAUGCCAAACAAAUUCCAUAUGAUAUUGUAUAUGUGAAUCUAACACACAAGCCAGACUGGUUAAUAGAAAAAAAUCCAUUGAAUAAAGUUCCUUGCAUCGAAUUAGAAACAGGAGAAACAUUAUAUGAGAGCCUAAUUAUUGCUGAUUAUCUGGAUGAUGCCUACCCUCAAAAUAAAUUAUAUCCAAGUAAUCCUUUAGCAAAAGCUAAAGAUAAAUUAUUAAUUUAUAGAUUUAAUGCAGUAAUAACAACUAUAUAUAAGGUAUUUUAUCUAGGUCCAACAUUAGAGCAAGAUAUGUUUAAUGAGGCAUUAAAUGGUUUAGAACUUUUUGAUCAGGAAUUGGCAAAAAGAGGAACCCCUUUUUUUGGAGGGAGUAAGCCUGGUAUGUUGGAUUUUAUGAUAUGGCCAUGGUGCGAAAGAGCAGAUGUGAUAAGAAUUAUACGGGGAGAGCAAUUUGUCAUACCUAGAGAACGUUUCCUGCGGCUGCUUGAAUGGAGAAAUGCAAUGAAGGAAGAUCCAGCAGUACAUGGUAGCUUUCUGGAUGUUGAAGCGCAUGCCAAAUACAUACGUAGCCGAAUAGCUGGGACACCUCAGUAUGAUUUAAUAAUUAAUAGCUAAAGUAAUAUAAUUUAAUUACAAAGCCCAUUCCAUCUAACAAUCUCUUAAAUUCAAAUGAUAUAUUACUUUUUUAUAUAUUGCUGAUUUAAUAUAACAAAUUGCAUUCUAAAGCAAAGAUAUAUAGAAAUAUGAAUAAAAUUGAUGUUUGUGCACUAUCUAAAACAAGCAGUAAUUAGUAACAUGAAAAAAGAUAUUUAUUUUAAAAGAUUGUUAUAUUAAUUGAAUGGAACAUGGAAAUAAAAAUUUCUUUUACAUGGAAAA